AUGGGAUUGCUUCCAGAGGCAAGGGUAAAACCCAGUAAACCAUUCAAGUCUACUGGUGUAGACUACUGUGGCCCUGUCUUUAUCAGAUUCUCACCAGGUCGAGGAGCAAAAUCAUACAAAAGUUACAUUUGCAUCUUCGUAUGCAUGGUGACACGAGCUGUCCAUCUAGAAGCAGUGACCGAUAUGACGGCCAAAGGCUUUAUUGCCGCCUUUAGGCGAUUCACUGCUCGUCGAGGCCAUUGUCAAGAUUUAUAUAGUGACAAUGGCACUAACUUUGUUGGUGCCGAUAAACAAAUGCGAGAUAUGUUUAAUAAUGCCCGAUCUUCUCUUCCGGGAGAAAUAGCAGAGUUACUUUCUUUAGAAAAUACCACCUGGCACUACAUCCCUCCCCACUCCCCUAAUUUUGGCGGAUUAUGGGAAUCUUCGGUGCGCAGUACUAAGACCCAUUUGAAAAAGGUAGUAGGAAAUAGUACACUUACCUACGAGGAAAUGUCUACUGUCCUGGCGCAAGUGGAAGCGUGA